UUGAAAACUGUUAUAAAUGGUUCUUAAGUUACCACAAAGAAAAAAUACUAUUUUUUUUUUUACAAAUUAAUUUUUAUUAGAUGACAUGUAAUUGGUACACUAAUAUCACACAGCCCAUGCAUCUUGAUUUGCAAAUACAGUUUACCAUAAAAAUAAUGUAAUGAUGCAGAGUUCAAAAAUAUAAAUAAAAUGUUCCAUCAUGUACAGUCCCCCCCCCCUCCCCCCCCACAAGGAAGCAAAGGCAUAUAUUCAGUUUUAAUGCACAUAUGGAAAUAACAUAAGCAGUCAAAUCUUGUUUUGACAAUAAAGUAAUCAAAAUGUAUAAUUUAACUUACAGUCUGCAAAGGAGUGGAAAAAUGUGUUCAAAUACUCAAAAACAAAAUUUCAUAAUACAAGCUUAUAGAUAAAUAAGCUUUUUUCCAUAAAAUCUGUUUGGAUGUGGUAAAACUCAUAAACUGGCCAUAACUGUAUCUUUGAAAUAACAAUUAGGCGUAAAAAUACCUUCAUACAUGUAAAAAAUCGGCUGAGAACUGAACAAACGGUAGUAACCUGGCUCAGAGGAAGAUAGGAUUCAUGUUUAAUGGCAGUUUUUCUUGUGAUUAAAGGAUAACACAAGACUACUUCACCUUGUCAAAUUUCACAAAUGGUUGUUGAAAGCAAAAAUGCUAUGUAAAGCAUAUAUUUUAUGAGGAAGAGUGACAUGCUAGAGCAAAACAGGCGCAAUUUUUUAAAUCAGCAUCCCAAAAUUAGUAAGAAACAAGUAGGUUUGGGUUUCAUUCAGCAAAUAUAAUUCAGUGAAAUAGACUUGAGCUAUUGUGACAUUGCCUUUUGUCUGAACUAAGCUGUAUAAGACGCACUUUUCUUUUGCUCCUCUAUAUAAAAUCAGUAGUUAUCACUUUCAAUUGCUGUGCUAUUGCUUGGAGUCAAUAGAUAGUCAAAUCAAUAGGUCUGUAUCUUGAUUUAACUGCUACUGCUUCGCUUUUUCUGAAGAUAUGAAGUAACAACUUAUCUGAUCUCUGCUUAGAUUCCUAUGGCUUUCUUUGCUCAAAACCUCUUCGACACCUAAAGACUGACUCUUUAUAUUUUACAAAAGCCCACUGUUUGAGAUUUUCCAUCCUAUCUAGUAUUCAAAUGUAUGCGUACUAUCUGUUGGGCAGGCUCUCUGUGGUCAAUGGGGGGAGAGCUUCCUUAUCUCAGUCAAACCUGAGCACCACGGACGUUCUGUGAAACAGUGGUUUCCUGCGUAUGGUAUUGUCAGUUCUUGCUUUCUUUUUUCUUCAUUACGAUUUCGUUUCCUUCUGUGUGCUUGCGACAUUCCUAAACAGCAGUUGAAAUGACACCGCUACAAUUCAAAGAUUCUUUUUGGGUGAGUAAACGGGUUGAGCUACUUUGACAUUAGAUUGAGCGUUGUUGUCUGUUAGGGCUGACGUGCCUGAGGUUAACAGGAUUGCAUAUGAUUGACAGCACAGAUUAUUAAAGUCUAACUUCCAAUAAUACACCAGCAUCACAUUGCCGUGCGCUUUAAAAGAACAGAAAGUAAGGAAUUGGACCACUUAGUAAAUCUGAAGUAUUUUUUGUGCACUGUCAUUCUCGUCCAUUUGUAUCACGAAUAAGAAAUUAUGCUAUAAUCUGCAAUUGUUCACGUUUUUUUUAUUUGAUGCUCUUUAGUUCAAUGUUGGUUUAGAUUUGUACUGACAAUAAGGGACUGAGAUAGAAAUCAUUGAAAUGAUUUAAUGAAACAUUAAGGGUCUCUCAAACUAAGAAUGAUUUUUAAGAAUAUGAUUUUUUGUGGCUGCCUUUAAAAAAUACUUCUCUUUGGGGGUUUAGUGUUUAUAUUUAUACAUCCUGAUAUUGUGUCAUGGAGAUGAUCUGUUGGCUUCCUGUUGAGCGUUUGACUGUGUGCCCGCUCUACCCUCUUUUUUAGCUUUGAUCUUGAGUUGUCAGAGCAUCUAUCUACAAAGCAACUUCUGGGUUGAUUUGCCUAUCAAACCAUGCUAGUGCAUGUAAAAUAUAUGCUUUAGUUGUGUAAAAAAAAGAAAUAGUACUACUGUUUCCUUUCUGAUGCAAAGGUAAAAUGAAGUAAAUAUAAAUGAGGGAUCUGUUUUCCGUAGCAUUACAUGUUAAUAUUAUGAAUAUUCCAUUCAUAUAUGUUUAUAUUCCGUAGCGUUCCAUGUAAAUGGUCACAGUAAAUGAUUAAACUGUUUAACCAACUCAGUCUGGUACCAUUUUUUUUUUUUUUUUUUUUUGCAUAGACUCCAACUUAGUCAAAUAAGCCCUAAUUUUGAUGAAUACAGUGCUACAAGUAGAAAGAAAUUCCCAUGGAUUCAGGAUUAAAACAGAGAUGCACAGCCUCACAUGCUAGAAAUACUACAGAGAGAGAGUAUAUCGAAACGGAAUCGCUUUUGCUCUUUUUCAAAAUGAUUAUGUUAUAAUAAACAACCCUGUUAGGGUUUAUGUUACUGGAGAAAUAUAAUUUAAUCCUCUGGUUCCAGGGCACAGAUUUCACCAGUAACGCUGGGUACGAGACUCUUAUCCAGAAGCUAUGUGAUGGGCGGCGGGCUUGCAAGGAUGUGGAGGAGCUCUUAAAAAUGAGAGCGAUGGCAGAGGAAAGGUACGGCAAGGAAUUAAUUACUAUUGUACGCAAGACAGGAGGGCAAAGUGAAAUUGGCACUUUGAAGGCAUCGUUUGACCAGCUAAAAGCCCAAAUGGAGAACAUUGGAAAUUUGCACAUUCAGCUCUCUGGGAUGUUACGAGAAGAGGCGAAACGAAUGGAGCAGUUCAGAGAGCGACAAAAGGAGCAGCGGAAAAAGUUUGAAGGGGUCAUGGAAAAGGUUCAGAAGAUCAAAGUGUCAUUAUAUAAGAAAACCAUGGAGUCUAAAAGGAUGUAUGAACAGAGGUGUAAAGAGGCGGAUGAAGCUGAACUGGCUGCUGAAAAGCUCAACAGUACACCCACUGUAACCCCUAAACAAUCUGAAAAGACACAAAACAAAGCAAAACAGUGCAGGGAUGCAGCAACGGAUGCAGAGAAACAGUACAUGUCAAACAUAGAGCAGCUGGAUAAGAUUCGUCAGGAAUGGGAGAUCACGCAUGAGUGCACAUGUGAGGUUUUCCAGCAGCAGGAAGAUGACCGCAUUAAUAUUUUGAGAAACGCUAUUUGGGUCCACUGUAAUCACUUUUCCAUGCAAUGUGUCAAAGAUGAUGAGUGUUAUGAUGAGGUGAGGAGUGUGCUAGAGCUGUGUGACAUCACGGAAGACAUCAACAGUUUCAUCAAGACGAAAAGCACUGGCACCACUCCAGCAGCGCCCAUUGUGUUUGAAAACUAUUAUGAAAGAGAGCCAACAACAGACAGCAAUGGCAUCGCACGCUUUGGAGGAGGUGUGAUAAAGAGGUUUUCAAAUCUCUUGCAAGGCAAUCAUGCCGUUGGCUCCAGGACUAAUAUCAAUGAAUGUGUUCAGCCGUCCGCACCUCCAUCAGUGGACACUGCAGAUGGAGUGUAUGCCUCCAUUCCUGGAUUUCCACAGGCGACUUCAGACAGCGCUGGCUCUCAAAGCGACACAUUCCAGGCUCAGUAUGACUAUGUGGCUCAGGGCGCUGAUGAGCUCUCCAUCUCUGCGGGGGAAGUGCUGCUCGUGGUGGAACAGGGAGGAGACGGCUGGUGGACGGUGGACAGAGAUGGCCAGACCGGGCUGGUGCCAGGCUCCUACUUGGCCAAGAUAUGAAUUAAGAGUCCAGCACAAACUUCCUUAAACACACCCUCUAAUAACGGAGUUAUUAAGGGCACUCCCUACAAAAGAUUAGUUUGCUUAAAUGCAUUUAAGCAGUAGCACAUCCAUCCUGAAAAUCUGUAUGGAACGUAGUAAAUGAAUCAAAACGGGUUAAUAUGUAUAUUGAAAACUGUUAAUUAUACAUGAUUAUCACAAUAGAGAUUUAUAUUUAUUAAAAACAUUUAUUUAUUAUGAAUGAAAAACUUAUGAAUGUAUAACAGACGAUGAGUAGCCACUACGGACUUGCCAGGAUUUAGUUUACUCGAUGUCAAUGCACAGCCUAAACAGAUUUGAGUGUACAUAGAUAUUUAAACAGAGUACAAAAUGUAAUCUCUAUUUACUUUUUGGAAUGUUAAUCAGUGUAAAUAUUAUAGCAUCUAGAAUAGAGCCUUAAGUUCAGCAUUCUGCAUUUAUCACUUGUGUUGCAUAGAAUAAAAGCUGUGUAAUGAUCAUUGCAUCAUGUUGCCGUUGACUGAAUGUAAGUUGGAUAAUGGUUUGAACACUGGUUGUUUUUCAAGAGCGCUGGAAGGCGGUUGGUUAAGAGAAACUAACCUGGGACAACCAUUUUAAAGUUUAACCACAAUGACCUUCUUUGUCUUUGUCUUCAUGUUUCAAGUUUCCAAAAGGCCAAGGACCAAUCCAUAAACUUCCUCAUGCGUUU